AUAAAGGAAAUUAGGGCUCUUUGAGUGGUCUGAGCUGAGAGGGUAAGCUUCGAAGGUAAGAUGAGCAGCGACGCAAAACCCAAUAGCGGUUGCAACGCCGGAGGAGGAUUCAGGUCAAAGGUCAAUUUCUAUCUCCAUAGCGGCGACAAGAGACAUGUUUUCGUUGGUUUAACUCUCAUCACCGCUGUCUUUAGCGUCCCAUGGUUCUUUAUGAAUCGAGGGAGUAAACACCAAUCUCACCAAGAUUACUUGGAAAAAGCUGAUAAAGCAAGGAGCGAAAGACUUUCAUCCAGUUCAGCUUCUGCUAAAUGAUCGUCGCCAGCAUGCUGUUAAAGACCAUUCUUUUCCAGCAACACUAAAUUAAAAGGCAUUACAUGUUUGUUGGAUGUCCUUUUCUCUCUAGUUUUAUUCUUUGGGAUGGAGAUCCAUUUUCCUUUUGCCACUAUCCUGCACUGAUAAAUCGGUCUUUUGAUUUGGAAAAAAGAACUAAUGGUGUAUAAGAAAUUUUCCUUAUAUAAUAAAAUUGGUUAG